AUGGCCUCACACUAUGGCCCCACACUUUGGUCUCACACUAUGGCCCCUGCACCAUGGCCCCACUCAUGGCCCCACACCAUGGCCUCCUACACUAUGGCCCACCCAUGGCUCCCACACCAUGGCCUACACUAUGGCCCCACACCAUGGUCUCUACUAUGGCUCCUACACCAUGGCCCCACACUUAUGCCCUCACACUAUGGCCCCACUAUGGCCCCACUUAUGCCCACUAUUGGCUCCCACACUAUGGCCCCACACUAUGGCCCCACACUAUGGCCCUACUCUAUGGCUCCUCUACCAUGGCCCAACACCAUGGCCCCACACCAUGGCCCCACACUAUGGCCCCACUCUAUGGCCCCACACUAUGGCCCCACACUAUUACCCUACACCUGUCACACUAUGACCCCACACCAUGGCCCCACUUAUGGCCCCACACUAUAUCCUACACUAUGGCCCCACACUAUGGCCCCACACUAUGGGUCUCUACCUAUGGCCCCACACCAUGGUUCACACUAUGGCCCCACACUAUGGCUCCCCACUAUGGUCCCACACUAUGGUCUUCACUCUAUUGCUCACUCCAUGGCCCACACUAUGGCCCCACACCAUGGCCCCACACCAUGGCCCCACACCAUGCCUCCACACCAUGGCCCCACACUAUGCCCCACACCAGGUCUCCCACUCUAUGGCCCCACACCAUGGCCCCACACUAUGGUCUCCCACACUAUGGCCCCACACUAUGGCCCCACACCAUGGUCCCCACACCAUGGUCUCACACCAUGGCCCCAGUCCAUGGCCCCACUAUGGCCCUCACACUAUGGCCCCACACCAUGGUCUCACACUAUGGCCCCACUGCCCACACCAUGCUCACACUAUGGCUCCCCACACUGUGUCUCUACCUAUGGCCCCACAUCUACUCAUUGCCUUACUCAUGGCCACACCAGGCCCCACACUAUGGCCCCACACCAUGGCUCCUCAAACUAUGGUCUCUACUUAUGGCCCCACACUAUGGUCCCCACACUAUGGCCCCACUCCAUGGCCUCACACUAUGGCCCCACACUAUGGUCCCACACCAGGUCUCACUCUAUGGUCCCCACACCAUGGCCCCACACUAUGGCCCCACACUAUGGCCCCACACUAUGGCCCCACUCUAUGGCCUCACACUAUGGCCCUACACUAUGGCCCGUGAACAACAAGGAGUGA